GCCGGGCCCGGGGCCGCUGACAGCCGCCGCCGCGCCAUGUACGCCAAGGGCAAGGGCUCCGGCGUGCCCUCGGACGGCCAGGCCCGCGAGAAGCUGGCGCUUUACGUUUACGAGUACCUGCUGCACGUGGGGGCCCAGAAAUCCGCCCAGACCUUUUUGUCAGAGAUCCGAUGGGAGAAGAACAUCACGCUGGGGGAGCCCCCCGGCUUCCUGCACUCCUGGUGGUGCGUUUUCUGGGAUCUGUACUGUGCCGCUCCGGACCGCCGGGAGACCUGCGAGCAUUCCAGCGAGGCCAAAGCCUUCCAUGACUACAGCGCGGCGGCAGCGCCCAGCCCGGUGAUGGGGAACUUGCCCCCCGGGGAUGGCAUGUCCGGGGGUCCCGUGCCCCCCGCCUUCUUCCAGCCCUUCAUGUCCCCCCGCUACCCUGGUGGCCCCCGGCCCCCACUCCGGAUGCCCAACCAGCCCCCCGUGGGUGUUCCUGGCUCCCAGCCGCUGCUGCCCAACGCCAUGGACCCGGCUGCACGGUCACAGGGGCAUCCUGGUAUGGGGGGCCCAAUGCAGCGUAUGAACCCCCCCCGAGGAAUGGCGGGGAUGGGUGCUGGGGAUGUCCCAGCUCCGCUGACCCCUCCCCUCUCCCGGCAGAGCUACGGCAGCGGGAUGCGCCCCCCCCCCAGCUCGCUGGCCGGCCCUGGAAUGCCCACCAUGAACAUGGGUCCUGGUGGCCGCGGGCCCUGGCCCAACCCUAACGCCAAUUCUAUCGCCUAUUCUUCCUCAUCCCCUGGGAAUUAUGUGGGCCCUCCUGGGGGCGGUGGCCCCCCCGGCACCCCCAUCCUGCCCAGCCCCGGAGACUCCACCAACUCCAGUGAGAACAUGUACACCAUGAUGAACCCCAUCGGACCCGCGGGGAACCGGCCCAACUUCCCGAUGGGGCCCGGAGCCGAGGGGCCCAUGGGCGGGAUGAGCGCGAUGGAGCCGCACCACAUGAACGGAUCCUUAGGCUCUGGGGACAUGGAUGGGCUGCCAAAGAGCUCCCCCAGUAAUUUGGGGGCCCUGAGCAACCCCCCCGGGACCCCUCGGGACGACGCCGAGCUGAGCAGCAAUUUCCUAAAUCCCUUCCAAAGCGACAGCUACUCGCCCAGCAUGACAAUGAGCGUGUGAGCCCCGCGCCGAGGCCGCCGACAGCCAGACGCCCUCUCACCCAACCACCGAAAAAAAAAAAAAAAAAAAAAAAAAAAAAAAAAAAAAAAUUUAAUUUUUUUUCAUUAAUUUUAAUGAUCGGCCCAAACCCCUCCUCCCACCCUCCUCCCCCCGCUCCUUUUCCACCCUGCAUCCCACCCCACCUCCGUUCACACCCAAACCCCGACCCCACCUCUCAGAGCCCCCCCCCGUC